AUGGAAUACUUCAAUUUUUCAGGUGCGUCGGACGACCAAGGCGUGCCGCCGCUGGACCUGGACGAGCUUUCCUCGUUGUACCCUGAGUAUGGCCAAGAUGAAGCCAACGAAUGUUUCGACUCGCUAUUCUUCGACAAGAGCCACAUGCUCCCCGUGGACCCCGCGCCCGCGGUUCAGCCAGGUCCUAUCAUGCUCAAGCUUAUCAACGACAUUGAGAUCGAAGCGAUCCCACAACUCGAUGACCCAGAUGUCAGCUAUCCUAUGUUUAGAGCCAAGAACCCUUGCGAUCUUUGCGCACGCAUGGGCCUCGACUGCUACCUGGCGUCUAGAGGCACCAUGAUCACCGGUUGCACUUGCUGCAUAUCACUCUACAAAGACUGCAGUUUCACUCAUCCUAAGAUACCGAGAGGCUUCGUCAGUAACUUCAAGGCUAUUGGAGAAGACAAGGCCGAGACUAUCUUCGGUAGAGAACAUCAACGAUCUCUCAAGUCCUUUGAGGAGGGCCGGCCACGGAAGACAGGAGCUCGCUUCCCUCGAGAUGCCGUCAAAAUUCUGAAGCAAUGGCUUGCUGAACACUCUGAUCAUCCUUACCCAAAUGAAAGAGAGAAAGAUGAAUUGAAACAGCUCACUGGACUCAAGCGGAGCCAGAUCAGUAAUUGGCUAGCAAAUGCUCGUCGACGAGGGAAGGUUCGACCUUCUGAAGGGUCUGAACCAUCGUCGCCACUCAUGGGUGCUAUCGAUAUUCCUGGAUCAGGUAACACUCUAUCUGAGCUCAACCCGCUAGACAGAUGGAAAGCCUCGCCACCGGAGAACGAACCUGCCAGUAUGACGGCCAUUGCCAGAGCCGUGACGGCCACGCCCAUGCCCUCCAACCGAUCACUAUCACGCCAGAACAGCUUGCACAACAGCCGGGCAUCCUCACGCCAGAACUCAUCGUCGGAAAGUACAAACAUUAGUAUGUUACGUGAGCCAUCUGUCUCCAGCUUUGAGACCCGAGAAUCAUCGACGAACUCGGAUCUCACUUUCGCUUCUUCGCGAUCCAAUCAGUCCAAGCGCAGCUUCUCUUCGGGUGAACGACGUCGUCGCCGCCGAGCGCCAAUGACACAACGCGCUGCAGCGCAGGCUACGAAGACACGCAGUGCUCGUAUCUUCCAGUGCACCUUCUGUACAGACACCUUCCCUGCCAAGUAUGAUUGGCAAAGGCAUGAGAAAUCUCUCCAUCUGGCACUAGAGCGCUGGACCUGCUGUCCGGGAGGUGGAACAUACACCAUCCCGUCAACUGGACUCGCUCAUUGCGUAUUUUGUAGCGGCCUCAAUCCAAGUGCGGAGCAUCUCGAAUCAGACCACAACUUUUUGGUAUGCCAGGAGCAGACAGUACAAGAGCGCACAUUCUAUCGCAAGGACCACCUUCGACAGCAUCUUAAGCUCCGUCACAGCGCCAAAUUUGAAAAGCACAUGGAGUCCUGGAAGACUACCACGAAUGAGAUCAAGUCAUGCUGCGGCUUCUGUCCAAGCAAGUUCACUACAUGGUCUCAACGUGCUGAUCAUUUGGCUGCCCACUUCCGCAACGGCGCAGACAUGUCAACGUGGACUGGAGGCUGGGGCUUUGAGCCGUCCGUCGAACGAUGCGUAGAGAACGCCAUACCGCCUUAUCUGAUCGGCCACGAACGCCAGACAAUGGAGCCAUAUGUGGCCCGCAUGACCAAGCGCGGAUCACUUGCAAAUACUCCAAUGGGCAACGUCCGAGGACGCAACAGGAGCACGCCCGGCUCCUCCGGUAGUGGCUCAGGCGUCACGUACGGCACAUCUGCGCCCACUAACACAGCAGCAACGCCCAGAUCAGGCUCUAUGCAGCCCGCUUCUGGCAACGUCACCGACUCAGAUGCAUUUGAAGAGCCAGACCAGUUGACUCGCGACUCGAACUGCUGGGGUCGUCUCGAGCAGGAACUCGCGAAAUACGUGACUCAAUUCCGCCUGCAGAAUCAGCUGCCCACUGACAAAGAUCUCCAAAGCCAGGCCCGAAUGAUUAUCUACGAGGAUGACGAUCCGUGGAACUACACAUGCGCCGACAAUCAGACCUGGCUGGACACGUUCAAAUGGCAGCACGGCAUCGGUGGGGUGACGGAUGUCAUGCAGCAAGCUGGACUUGGCGAUGUGGUUGACCAGGAAGGCAAUCUUGCUAACACCUCUCUUGUGGCUGGUGGCGCCGGUGGCGGCCUUAUGGGCUACGGACGAGACGGUGACAGACUUCUCGACCAGGUCGAAGUCAUGGCACCGUAUGUGAUCAAGGGAGGCAACAAAGCGACAGGUGGGUCGCAGGCCAGCGCCACCGAAGGGAGAAUAGCGAAAGGGCCAGUACGUCGACACAAUGGCGGCAGGCGAACUCACAAAGCCGUGAGGACUGAGCGCGCAGCCAAGAGCAGUCGUGGCGGCAGCUCGGUCAGCAGUAUGAGCUCUCGGGAUAGCAUGGACGUGCCACUAGGCUACGGCAGUGUGCCGAACGGUGGCAUGAGCAAUGAGAUGGACCUCGACUUCGAGGGCGUUGACUUCCAAAACCUCAACUUGGAUCUCGGCAUGAAUGGCGAUGGGCUCGGCAACGACGGCAUGAUAGGCGAUUUUGGUCCUGCGACUUCGAUGGCCGCAGGCUACGCACCUGUCAACGCCCUCCAGCAGCAACCGUCCAACAACGAUGACUUCUUCGGCGGACAAGGCUUCGAAUUGCACGCCGACAACAAAAUCCCUCCUAACGACCAGAGUAUGGACUUCAACUUCAACAUGGCCCAUCUCCUCCAAUCCACCCAGCCACCUCAGCCCCUGAACAUGAACUUCAACCCGCAACAAAUCCCCAACAACCUCUCCAACAACAAUCUCGCAUCCCUAGAUGACGCUGCCGACGAUGACGACUUCGGCGCCCCCCUCCAACGCUCAGACACCUGCAUUUCCCACGGCAAAGAUCACAGCGCCGGGCGCUGCCGCGUGCCCACUACCUCCAACCAGCAGCGAUCGAGCUCCCUCUCCUCCGCCUACGACAGCAAGCGCAAUGCUACAACUGUCGACGAUUUCUACGGACGGCCUGGCGCGAUCAAUGUGAGUCCGGGGCGGCAGUGGAGCGUGCCUGUUGCGGUGCCGCAGGGGCAGGUGCAUCCGCCGGAUGGGAAGUGCUGUGCGAGUAGUGUGCCGGAUUUGAGCUUCAUGAGUGUUGAGGAGGUCAGAGCGUUGGAGGGGUGGACUGGGAAUCUUGGUGGGGACUGA